UAUAUUAAUAAGAAACUGAUUUAACCAUAUGUAAGACAUUACACAAAAGUUCAAGCAUGUCGGGUCCCCCCAUGCAACUUGUGAGAUUCGGACAGCCUGGCUAACCAUGUCAGCUUCCCAAGCAUCCGCAGCACUGCUGCAAAAUUCAACCCCGAUCGAUCUGACAAGGAUUCACGAGCUUAAAAAGCUGGCCCUUUGAAAAUGCUAAUAUCCACUCAAAAAGAUCAAAUUCAUUCGCAAUCCCAAUCUACCUUCUUUUUUCCGUUUCCCUUUUCUUCAAAGGAAUAGCCAAAAGCGUCGUCUUUCUCUGAAGAUAGUAAAGCACUCACUCCUCAACCAUUACAAACGAUAUCACACUUGUGACUUGUCCACGAUGAACCAAACCCACCAUGCAUGCAUCAGAAUCUCAUAUAAAUCUCCUCCCAGCAUGGACAGCAGCAUCAUGUCCUUUGAUCUUUCCUUUUCUCAUUUCAUCAAGUUUUCUACUAGGAAUUCACAUGCCGAGAUCUCUUGUUCCAUAGUAAAAUAAUACUAGUGGUGACAAACCAACAAAAAUUUAAACAUUCUAUAUACACCAAACAACCUGGUUGAGUCCUAUCGUCUCUCUUCUUCUAGCUCUAGCUAACCCCAUCAAGAACCAUCGUCAUUACCCAAAUGACGUUCAAGAACCAAUCUUUUUUUGUUAACUUCUUCUCUUUAUUCUUUCUUUUCUCGUUCUUGGAGCUAAGUGAAGCAAACCAAUCAGUUUUCGUGACCCCAACUUCAUCUUUGUCUAUAAUAUCGGGGGGUUACUGGCAGCUCCUGCAACCGAGCGUAGGCAUCUCCGCCAUGCACGUGCAACUCCUCCCGAACAACAAAGUUAUCAUCUUUGACCGCACUGACUUCGGCCCUUCCAACCUAUCUUUACCCGCCGGCAGCUUCUGUCCUAAGAACGACUGCACAGCCCACUCUCUCCUCUACGACGUCGUUUCCAACACUUUCCGUCCCCUCCACGUCCUAACUGACACCUGGUGCUCCUCCGGUUCCCUCGACCCCAACGGUACCCUUAUCCAAACCGGCGGAUACAACGACGGCGAUCACGUGAUCCGCAUUUUCAGCCCGUGUGACACUUAUGCCUGCGACUGGUACGAACUCACGGCUACUCAUCUUGUCGACCGUCGAUGGUACGCUACUAACCAAGUUUUGCCCGAUGGAAGAAUCAUAAUCCUUGGCGGCAGAAGGGUUUUUACCUACGAGUUUUAUCCUAAAACCGACUUCGUCAGCAACAACAAGAGCUUUUACCUUCGUUUCUUGGUGGAAACUAGGGACCCCGAAGAGAACAAUCUUUACCCUUUCUUGCAUUUACUACCAGAUGGAAAUCUCUUCAUCUUCGCCAACCAAAAAUCAAUCUUGUUUGAUUAUAAAAAAGGCAUUGUUCUGAGACAGUUCCCUCUUAUUCCUGGAGAUGAUAAGAGAAACUAUCCUAGUACUGGCUCUUCGGUUAUGCUUCCUUUGAGGUUGUCUUGGACAGGGCCUCCGAUGGUGGAGGUGCUCGUGUGCGGCGGUGCACCUGCGGGAGCGUUCUUGAAAGCGGAUAAGAUGAAGGUUUUCGUAGAAGCGUCAAGGACUUGUGGCAGGCUGAAAGUAAACGACCCAAAUCCGCAAUGGCUCAUGGAAUUCAUGCCCAUGCCACGUGUCAUGUCUGACAUGAUACUGUUACCUACCGGUGAUGUGAUCAUCAUUAACGGAGCUGCUAAUGGCACUGCUGGUUGGGAGGAUGCCGUAAACCCGGUUUUCAACCCGGUUCUUUACUCGGUUAACGAGGUUCCACUUCGGAGAUUCACGGUUUUGGCGCCCUCGAAGAUCCCGAGAAUGUACCACUCCGCGGCAUUGCUUCUGCCAGAUGGCAGGAUAUUAGUGGGUGGCAGCAAUCCGCAUACUAGGUACGUAUUCACGGGACCGUACCCGACCGAUCUGAGUUUGGAGGCUUACAACCCGUACUACAUGGAUCCUAAAUUCAACUCGUUAAGGCCGUCGGUUUUAUCGGUGGAGCCGGGGAAUACGGUGGUGUAUGGGCAGAGGUUCGGGGUUUCGUUUUCGCUGCCUCUUUACAAGCAGAGCGCCACCUACGCGGCUCUGGUGGCGCCGUCGUUCACGACGCAUUCGAUCGGGAUGAACCAACGCGUGGUGAUUUUGAACACGGCCAGCGUAGUUCAAUUGUCCAUGUUUAAUCACAAGCUAGUGGUGGGUGGGCCCACCAACGCCAACGUGGCACCUCCCGGUUAUUAUAUGCUGUUCGUGGUACAUGCCGGGAUUCCUAGUCACGCGGUUUGGGUGAAGGUGAUGUGA